AUGGAACGACGACGACGGCAUCGCCGCAUCAACCCACUACCCUAUUCGAUCCUGCUUUCAGCUACAGAAGCAGCCCUCGGUCUCACCAAUCAGCCAGUCACCCAUCAUACCCUCGCCCAUUCCAACCAAAACCCUCACGCCUCGUCAUCUCCUUUACCCCAAGACUCAGCUCUUGGCACGGCUUCUCGCAUCGCCGGAACAGCCACCACGGACUGGGAGUUGGAGUCGGAGUUGGAGUUGACCAUGGACCUGACCAUGAACCUGAGCCUGGACAUGGAUAUGGACAUGGACAUGGACAUGGACAUGGACAUGGACAUGUAG